AUGUUACUACAGCGCGAGCAGUCUGAUGGUGAUGUGUCUGCUGUGAAUAAUUCCAAAGAAGGUGCUGUUGGAUCGCUUUUAAAGAUGAACGACCGCAGUAAUGCCAAAUCAAAACGAAUGCGCUCGAAUCAGAGGUCCUUAAAUUCUGUAUUAUGUGGUUGCCUUUCACCACGUUCUGAUCGUGCAACGUCCUCCCAACAACCACCGGCCAACCUAAAUGUACAGUUACUUCCCUCGAGCGCUUUACAAUCAAUGAGGCGCUUGAGCAUCUCAUGUCAUGGUGACACCACGUCAGAUCCUUCCGUGAAAAACCGCUCUGGUCCUAACCGUUCUCUUCACAGCGUCGAAGACCCUGCUGCAGUAGUAACACCGCGUAUUCAUUUGCCUUCGUCCGCAAUCAUAACUGACGCUCUGCUCUCCAGAUCUCGGUCGGCCGACUCCGGCUCAGGGAAAAAUUCUCGAAGUUAUGGGCGUGUAGUCACGAAGCAACCUCUGUGGAAGAAUUUCAAGAUAAAGCGAAGAAAAAAUGGUGGCUUAGGGGUUCGUCGGAUGGGGAAUAAUAUGUCCUCAUCUGAUGCAGAGAGUCCUAUCAAUAGUUUGGCAAACGUCUCACCACUAUCAGGAGUAGAUGAUACUGACGUCAACGAAGCACUAGUUUUUUCACCCCUCCCCAGUCAAGCAAUACCAGAACCCACAACAACAAGUCACCACAACGCGCUUCUCGGACCGCGUAACGAAUGUGAUAAGGGCAAGAAAUGUUUCGUCAUUGACUUGGACGAAACGCUCGUUCACAGUUCAUUCAAGAUGGUUGAACAGGCUGAUUUCAAAGUUGGUGUGGAAAUCGAUGGAGUCACGCAUCGCGUCUAUGUACUAAAGCGGCCGCAUGUUGAUGCGUUCCUUUCUACGAUGGCCAAUCUUUACGAAUGUGUUUUGUUCACUGCCAGUUUGGCCAAAGUAAGUCUUUCUGACAGUCCGUCUGUUGCUUUUUUGCCAUCUCAGCGCAUCGCAUUACGACCCCAUAACUUUAUCCUUUAA